AGCUAAUAGUUUCGUUCUUUGCUUAUACCGGCUUAAAUAAACUGCUAUAUUUUGAAAAACAUGGGCGAAAGUGUAUUAUUUCCGUCACCGAAUUGGUUCCAAGUUUCGGGAUUUGCAGUUUCUAAAGAUGGUUGGUUAGUUUAUGGUGGUCCAAUAAAAAGUUUGUGUAUUUUAAAACCUUUAGAUCCUGGUCAAGAUGGAAUUCUACAGAAAAAACCAUCAUAUCAAACUCAAAUAAAUUGGAAAGUGCACAAAGAAAAAAUAGUGAGCGUAGAUUUAUCAAGGCAAUGGCCUGAAAAGAAACUUAUACUUACUGGAAGUGCUGAUGGUAUUGUUAAACAAUGGAAUGUUGAUCAAUUGGAUAACAAUGGCAAAAUUAAAUCAACUCACACCCAUGCGGUUCACAAAAAUGAAAAAGAGGAAGUGGUUAGUGUCGCCUACAGCAGUGAACCCUUUGCUGUAACUGUGGGUAGUUUUGGUAAUGUUGUGAAAUGGGAUCUUAAUUCAAAUAUAGCUAAAAAUUAUAAUAACUUUCUGAAAAGUUUUCGACCAAGUUGUGUUGCAUGUUCCCAUCACAUUCCAUUAAAUGUAGCUGUUGGUACCAAACAAGGAGUGAUUUUUGUAUUAGACUUAAACAAUCAGGGGAAAAUCAUAUACAAAAUUAGAGGUCAAGAUGAUGAAAUUGUCAAUGUAUCAUGGUGUCCACAAUAUAAGACCAUAGUCAGAAAAUCUCUCAAUGAGUCUCAAAGGAGGUCUACUGCCACGGAGAGGUUGGAAAAGAUAAGGUCAGAAAUUGAUGAACCUGAAGUAAAUUUAAACAAUUCUGCUAUAGCCAAGACCCUACCAGAAGACAGUUUUGAUGAAACCGUUGUUCAAGAAGAUGAUAUGUUUGAUAUAUACAAAGAUCAUGAAGCAGAUGAGUUUGGUCACAAAAAGUUUGAACCUGAAGAUAUAAUAGUUAAAGUCAAAGAAGAAAAGGAAAAUGAUGACUUUUUAGCAGAGUGUCUAAAGCUCAAAGAAGUUAUAUUAAAAAACAAAAGUGAACCAGAACCAACAAUAGCUAAUCUAGUUGAAGCUUUAGACAAAACACAUGUAGAUAGUGAUAUUUCAGAUUCAGAAGAAAAAGAGAAUGAUACUAGAGAAUCUCCAGAAGGGGAUGAGAAAGAAACACAAGCAAAACAAUUAGGUGAUUCUACCAUACACACGCAUAGGCACCUUUUAGCAACUAUUGGAAAAUAUGGUGGGGUCCGGAUAUGGUCUAAAACAGGCAAACUUGUGGGUAGCUGUGCUGUACCUAAUUCAGUAAAUAAGAGUCAAAGAAAUAAGAGACCAAAUCCAAAUUCGAACUCACUUUUGUGGUACAAACCUGAUGUUCUUCUCAUUGCUGAUGGAAAGAGCCAACUAUUAGAGUGUAAUCCUUUAAAAAUUGACUGUAAAAACAAACUUGAGUGGAGUGUGCUGCACACUUUCCACAAACGUGGCUUAUAUUGUAUAGCAACAGAUGCACCACGCGUACAGUCGAUGGACCAGUCGAGUGAUCAGUUGCAGGACGAAUGGAAAGUUUGGACAGUCGCACAGGAUCGGAAUAUGGUGUGCUAUUCCUUUGAGAAAAAACAAAAAAUUGCCACAUACAAUACAUGUGGAAGUUUUAUAUACACCUUGCAAAGUUGUCCAUAUGAUGCGAAAAAGAUAGCAGUGAGUGUAGGUGAUGGUGCUGUACGUGUAUGGGAAUCUGAUAUAUGUGAUGAAGAUGGAUUAAAACUUUCUUUAGGGAAUGUUAUGUCAUUUUGGCAGAAUGUCCAGGGAAAAGUGUUAACUUCUACAUGGCACCCGACUAAGGAAAACUUACUAGCAUUUGCCACUGCUGAAUCAAGGAUCGGUAUAAUAGAUGCAAGUAAAUCUGAACGUCCGGCCAAAAACUUAUUACCAGGUGUCAACGGAGCAAUAUAUUCUCUUUGUUGGGGAGAUAAAUUUGACCUCUAUGCUUGUGGCGGAGGUGAUAUGGUGUUGUAUCACACUGAUCAGCCUGAACAAGCUCCUGAACCAAUAAAUGUGGAGUUUGAAGGCAAGAAGUUACAAAUCAGCUCAGGGGUUUGGUAUCCAAUGGGUCUUGUAUGUGGUAGUUAUUAUGGUGCUGUUGCUGUUCUGAACCCAGUAACCUAUGAGCUUGUUACUGCGACUUUUGUUUUCAGCAAAAUGAUUCACAAUAUUACCUGGCAUCCACAACAGACGUCUAAUUCUAGUGAAGAAUCUCCAAACAAAAAUUUAAUAGCCAUUUCAUCAUUAGAUAAAGAAUGCUUUAUCGCUGUACUUGAAUAUGCUGACAAAGGAGAUGGCCCUAAACUACAUCCUUGGAAAAUGCUCAAUGGUCACCUAGAACCAGUGUGCCAAGUGACAUGGAAUCCACACAAAGAUGGUUAUCUUUUGUCCACAUCAUAUGACAGUACAGUCCGAGUAUGGGAUGUUUCUGACGGUAUAUGUAUCGCCAUUUUCGAUGGGCACUAUAAAGCUUCGUUUUCUGCGUGCUGGAGUGCCUUUCCACAACUUUCGUCUACUAUAAUGUCUGGUGGAGCGGAUUGCUGCUUAAGAAUAUGGAAUUAUGAAGACUACCCUCCCGAAGCUUAUUCAGAAGUCAAACAUGAAACAGCUCUAAAAGAGAAAAAGAGAGAGAGGAAAGAGAGAAAAGAAGAAAAGAAAUCAACAGAAAAUGCAGCCGAAGAAAAACCUACUGAAACAGAAUUAACAGAGGGUCAAGUUGCAACAAAUGUGGAUAUUAAUGCUAAAAUAAAAGCACCAAAACGAUUCCUCUUACCGACAAUACAGCGACAAAUGUCACCGUGCACCACAAUUCAAAGUGUAAGAAAAUUGGCGGAAAAAUAUAUUUUAGUCUCUGAUAAUGUUCAAUCAAAUGGUAAAUUAGAAUCACCCGAUCAAUGUGAAGAGAAAAGUGAUUCGAACGAUGUUAAAGAGGAUAAAGCAGAGGAUGUAGAUUUCACUAAGAUGUUUGGAAGCACGAAUGAUAUCAACGAUUUGCUAGAUAUGGAAAUGCGAAAACACAUUGAGAAUGACAGAUUUGAGGCUUCGAUUAUGCUAUCGAUAUUCCGUGGUCACAUCGACUCUAUGAUUCAGUUCGCGACGCAGAGGGACGCGCUCUGUCCGUUUCUAGUCAGUUUGUCGCCUUGUGUGUCUUUCAAGUAUUGGAAAACUGUAACACAGCUGUAUUUGGCUCAAAUUGAAAGGCUGGUAGCUAAAUCGGAACACAAAAAGUUAUGGGAAAACAAGCACUACGGUGGUCAAAUAUAUCGAAAAGUGGCACUACUGCUGAGCAUACACGACGUAAAGGGUGCUGUUACAGCGCUCACAGACACUAAGCUGUACAAGGAGGCCUACAUACUAUCUAAAUCUAGACAUAUGGAUAGUAUAGCUGAAGAAACUUUAAAAAUGUGGACAGCAGACUGUGCAUACUCAGGAUAUAUAAAUAUGACUGCUAUUUGUUACCUUGGAUUAGGAGAUGUGUACAAUGCAGCUGUGACUUUAGCUAAGUCAAAUGAUCAAGAGUGUCUCAGUUUAGCUUCAGAACUCGCUAAGGUUGCUGGGCAACCGACGUUUGCUAACCACAUUGAAGAUAAAAGAUCUCAAAUUCAAAGCGAAACGCCAGAGAAAGAAACUGAGGAUUUAAAACCAUUGCCUUCGAAGUUAGAUCUGUUGAUGAAAAAUAUCGAAAUAACAAGUGAAAAUGUUACUGAAACCAAUGAAGAGUAACAUGAAACCAUGACAAUAUGUGUUGAUGAAUGCAAAAUAAAUGGCAUGUGAUUUAGAAAAUUACUAUUUUACAAAAAUACUGGUUUGUUUAUUAGUUAAUGUUAUGUGGUCUUACUAAAUUCUAUAUUAUUUUAGAAGACCAUUAAAAGUUAUAGGGAGUAUUUUUUAGUUAAAUAAACCACAAAUAUUGUUAAGGUAGUUUUAAAAAAUAUUAAAUAUCACUUUACUGAAGUAUAAACAGACAGAUUGUGCUAUACUAUAUUAAUAGGACAAAAUGUGAUGUUACUUAUAUUUAAAUGACUAUUUUGUUUUGUAAAGUGUGAUUUUUAACUUUAAGUUUACCAAUUGUUAAGUGGAACUAACUUUUAACCAGUUACUUGUUUAAUACCUGUGUUUUAGGAUUUAAGUUUAUUUUUUAAAUAAAAGAUGGAACGUU